AAACGGCCGCCGUUGCUGCUCGGGUCAGGUCAGUCGCCGCUGGGAGAGAGGCGCCGCCGCGCCCCGUCCUCCGCCACCCGAGCGAGGCGCCGCCCGUCCAGAGCCGGCGGCGGCGCAGACAGCGGACAGCGGACAGCAGACAGUCGGGCAGACAGCAGACAGCGGCAGACUCGGACACAGCAGCACGGAGAGCCGCAGCGCGGAGGGACCCAAAGACUCGGCUACAGACGGCGCAGCAUGUACAGCGUCUGCCAGCUGGCCGGCCUGACAGUUUUCCUGCUGGCGGUGGUCGCUGCCCAAACUCUGCACGCACGACCACCGCGGAUCGGCUUCCUGGCAAUGCGCGGCAAAAGGAACGCCACUUGGCCGGAGAAUGGCAGCGGCGGCAGCGGAGGCCCGCUGGUGGCCCGACACCGCCGCUUUACCUACCCACUUCAUCGACUCAUGAGGCUGGACAACCUCUACGAUGAUCUGUACACACGCGCCGACCGCACGCCGUUCGGUUUCACCGGCCUUCGCGGAAAGAAGGCGCCGUCAGGCUUCGGAGGUCUGCGUGGUAAGAGGGUGUACAGCGGCUUCGGCGGGCUCAGGGGCAAGAAGGUGCCGUACGGCUUCAGCGGCAUGCGAGGAAAGAAGGUGCCCGUGGGCUUCAGCGGUAUGCGGGGGAAGAAGAUUCCGAGCGGGUUCGGCGGUAUGCGCGGAAAGAGGCCGACGGCUCGCUCCAGCGGGUCUGAAGGGAGUGAGAUGGAGAGGACCCCGGCGUCGGCGGAGCGGAGCCUCGCCAGCCGCCUGAUGGGGCUGGGCGGUCUCCGGAGUCAGCAGCUCGGCUCCAGCCGGCACCUGCUGCUCGCCGACGAGUGAAGGCACCGCAGAGCUACGUCCAACGGCGGUUCUCCGCCAGCUCGGCGCUUCAGUCCCGGCGACUACCGGCUCAGCGAUACGUCACCAGUCCGGCGUGACGUUACAUUUCAUCCCGUGACGUCACAAUAUCCCUGACAGCCUCCGUCGCCGUUGUGAUAUCCUGUCUAUCGGCGUUCUGAAAUUGGAUGCACGUUUGGGGAUAUCACGAAUAAGCCGACGAGCAGCUUGCGUAAAAACGUCCGAUGAGGAACAUUUACCUGUAUCCAUGAAGCAAUGGCUUGGUGGCUGAAGAAGAGUUCUAUUGCAAAACUAUUUCCCCUUGAAAAGCGGCCUCCUCGCCAUGCAUGAAUGUGAAUUAGUCCGGCAGCAAUGUGUUCAAUUUGUUAUCGGUGUUAAAUUUCAUGGUUUCUGUUUGCAGAAACCUGAAUCCUGACAAUUAAUCAGGACAGACCCCUGCACGGUCCUCUUUCCAUCGAUAAGGGAAGGCACAUUUUAGUUAGGGACCAGUCAGAUGUUGACGCAUCAUCAGCCACAAUUGAAGCCAUAAAGGUGCAAUGGAGAUUUAGCUGGGUCUGGUUUGUUGUACUACUGUCACAUGUUUCUGAACCGGGCCUGAUCGUAAUCUCGUCCGCCACCGCCACCGACGUCGCCGGGGACGUCUCUCACCCUCACUGUGGCACCGCAGAGGCUGGCGGUCCGUCGCCGGGGACGUCUCUCACCCUCACUGUGGCACCGCAGAGGCUGGCGGUCCACUGUGAUUCUGUGAGAGACGUGAGCCCGGCAGCGGCGGGUCUGAUAGGUACCGGCGCCGCCUCUCCGACGGGGCAGCGUCGGCACAUUCCACUCGCGUUCCCCGUCCGUCGUCCGCUCGCCAGUCCGGCGGACGGACCGACAGACCCGGAGCCCGAGGCGCACAGACUGACCGGCCCGGCGCCCGAGUUCUGAUAUGAUACACGGAGAUUGACGUGGCUGAGGGGCGGAGGCAGGGAUCACGUUUACCGCCCGUACUGGCCACUCGGAGCGGACAGAUCCGCACGGCCCGGCUAUCGGGCUACGCCCUGGGGCUGGAUGAUGCCGGGCCAAAGACGGAUCCAAAUCCGGCUGAACCAAAGGCAAUUCAGCCUCAAGGUCGACGAAUAGGCUAAAUGGCACUACGUAAAAGUUCAACGUAAAACAAUAACAAAGGCGGCUACUGUUAUAUCAACACAUCAAAGCUUUGGCCAAAGAUAUCUUCAAUAACUUUCCUUGUUAGCAUAGCAUAUUGCUGAGAAUAGGCAUGCAACUGAGAUAUGCAUUACGGAGCUAUGCAAAUGGCAAGGGGAUAGAUACUGCAUGUAUGUGGUAAAAUGAUGUAAAUAACAAUUUCAACCAAUUAUGCUGUCCGCCACACCCCGACAAGUUUUUGCCUGAAACGACCAUCGGAAACUGAAAGGCCAUUCAUUCCUUUUCUACUACCGCCUGAAACUCUUUGAUUGACAUGUCCCAGCAAAUAAAAAUAUCCAGGAAAAAUAAAAUAUUAGCUUACAAACAGGUAAUGUAUUGAUGAGCAUUGUUCAGCAUUCAACUUUCAUAUGACAGUACCUAUGUCAGUGCUGCUUUAAAAAGUAGACGGAGACGCCUUGUACCGUUGAAUUUGUUACAUGUACGUCGUACAGUCACGACUGAUAACUGAUGCAACAUGUAAUUCGACAUCCUGUUGCAUAAAGAAAUGAAGGAUCUACAGCAGCUUUCACGAUGCUUCUUCGGUAGCUCGGCAGGAACCCCUGUUGUGAUUUUAGCGAAUGACUUGUUACCGCAUACGUGUUGUUGAUGUAAAACGUCGUCCUACUCUAUUUCCGCGUCAUACUGUCACGAACCGAAAGAUAGACAAGACCACUCAGCAGAGUGAUGGGCAAAGUCCCUGGCCCUCCACAUGAGUCGGCCUGUCUGUGUGUUUAUGUUUUCUGAAUGCAAAUACGUGGAUCAAUACAUCGAGGCUGGAG